AUGACGCCAGGCAUGGAGGAGCUGUUGAUGGAGCGGGUGGGGAAGGGGGUGGAGGUGGAGCUGGUGGACAAGACGAGGAGAAGGGGCUUCGUCUACACAGUGGAUCCGAUCUCGCACAACACCGUCAUGCUCACCAAGCCGGAAGGAGGAGCAGGGGAGGCAGGCAACUGGGGAGCCUCGAUGCUGUUCAACGGAGCUGUCAAGAGCGUAGCAGACGCGCCCAUCGUGGAGAUAGACUUCGCCUCUAUGGAGCAGGAUCAUCCUCUGACAAGGAGGGACCGAGUUCCCGCGGAGGAGCAUGAUCCAGCCAAGGUUGCCGAGAGGCUGGAGAGCGUCAAAGAUAGGCUAAGUGCUCACAGGGUUUCUUUCACUGUGCAGGAGGGAACUAUCGUUAUCUUGGACGGCGUAGCAAGACUUCCUGCUCCGUACUCGAAGCACGAUAUUGUUUGCCAGAAUCCCGUGGUUCUAGAGAGGAUGAGAAGAACGAUAUUUCACGACUGA